CCGGCUAAGAAUAGGACUACUAACCCCAAUUCAAGGUGUCAAGCGACCCGUGCCGAGGAAUGAGUGAUCGAGGGGGUGAAAAAGAUGCUCGAUCUUUAACGGAGCCUGUGGGGCACCUGGGCACUCCCCACAGUAAGCUGUCCCUUACCGCGUUAAUGCAGAGCUCUGGCGUGGUGGACAUUCUUUCUCGUGCGACUCGUGGGAAUAAAAUAUGAGUAACAAACAAAUUCAAAAAACAGGUGUAGCAGGUAGUAGUGGUGCGAUCAACCCCUUCGCAAGAAGCGGGUUGAUGAGGUCUUCAACAAGGAGAAGCGAGGAGUCAGGUGCUGGAAGCUGCUUACGCAGCUCAAGCGUGGGAGCUCCUGUCCACUCCACGGCAAGCCAGCCGGCGGAGGUUAUGGACGGAGCAUGGUUGCUGAGGGCCAUCAGCCAAGUAGCAGGAAAAGGACGGCCCGCAUUAGAGGUAGCUGAGCAGCAGCUUGGCAAAAUUAUCGACUUUGCGACAACUAAGUCGAAUAUAAGCAAGGACCUGAAAACGGCCUUGCUUCGGCUUAGAGCGUCUGUCGAUGAGGCCAAGCAGGAGCACGCGGUCGCGUUGCUGGCUGCAGCAGCGGCGGAACCCGCAAAGGAGAAAGUGUCUAAGUUUACACAAACGGAGGCCUUCUCCUUCGUGGGUAGUCCGAAGAGUGUGGAAGCGAAUGCUCGUGACAAACGUGACAAGCAUUCGCAGAAGCGGGCGAGGCAGCCGUCAGGUGAGGAGCUGUCUGGCGGCGCCCGCAAGGCCAGGCGUAUAAUAACCCCGAAAGCCGGUGGUAAUGCCGGAAAGUCGGACCCCAGCCAGGGUUCCCGGAAAGCUGGGAUGGGUGGGCCUGAAAAGGCCGGCCCGUCCCGGAAUGAUGGGAACAAGGGGUUGCGACCAAUGGUGGGCCCUCAACAGCCACAGAGCAGGGCGAUCCAAGGAGAGGACCCUCCUUGGACAAAGGUAGAGCGGAAGAGGAAGAAGAAGGUGAAUCCGCAGGCAGAAGUGCAGGACGCCAAGCCAAGGCGUAGGAAGGCAGUUGCCAGGCGCGAGAAAGGCGACGCUAUCGUCAUCAAGACCGAACAGUCUAAAUACUCGGACGUCUUGAAGACGAUGCGAAGCGACGCCAAGCUUGAGGGUCUUGGAGCCGACGUACGCAGUAUUAGACGUACUCGUACGGGUGAGAUGAUCCUGGAGCUGAAGCGCCAGAAGGAACACAAGGGCACCGCCUACAAGAGGCUGGCAGAAGAGGUCCUUGGUGAGGGUGUGCAGGUGAGGGCUCUGACACAUGAGGCGACUCUGAAGGUCAUAGACAUUGACGAGAUCACCGAAGUGGAAGAGCUCGUCACGGCACUGCGGCAACAGUGCGAUGUGCAGGUGGCCGCCGCAGCCGUUAAGCUACGCAGAGGGCCAGCAGGGACACAGAUAGCCUUGGUUCAGCUACCUGUGGCGGAUGUUAAAAAGUCCGUUAAAGUAGGAAGUAUAAAGGUGGGCUGGUGUGUAUGUCACCUGACAUUCCACGAGCCACCAGAGGUUUGCUUCAGGUGUCUGGAACCAGGACACAAGUCGUGGGACUGCAAAGGCCCCGACAGGCGCAAACUGUGUAGGCGAUGUGGCGCUGAAGGUCAUAAGGCCCAAAGCUGCACGAGUCCGCCCAUCUGCAUGAUCUGUACCGGGAAAACCUCGAAAAACAGACAUACGAUGGGUGGUCCAGGGUGCCCGGCCUUUAAGAAAGCCGCAGUGAACAACAAAUCACAGUGCAGGUAACGCAGCU